AAAAUACACUUUUGCUGGCUCUAUUUCAUGGUUUCUGAUGCAUCUUACUCUAUCAUUAUGGCCACUCACGGGUCAAAUGCUUAUCAAUACCUACAAAUGAUUAUCAGUGCCUGAAAAUGCUAGUGAAUGCCUGUCCAUGCUUAUCAACGUCGGAAAGCCCCUAAAGAAUUUUGCUCAUGUCUAUCAGUGUCUGCUGGUAAUGAAUACUGCUCUGGAGUAACUACAUAUUCAAGUCCUGAAGUCACAAGAAAUAUAAUCAAUCAAUCUACUUUGCCAUUAUCUACCAAACUCUAUCAAGCUCUGCUAUAGGUCACUGCUUCGCUACGCUGGAUCACUCCGAGAUGCUUCUAUUGUUAUGGCUCUGCCUCUACAGCUGAUGAAUGCUCGAUGAUUGCGAUGCUCCAAAGGUUCAAUAUUCCGAUGUCUCCACGGUCAUCACCCCUUUCGAAACGCUUCGUCCUAGGUACUUAGAAGUGCACUCUUUGUACGUUGAAGCAUCUCUUUCGUUGAAUUUACCGUGGUAUGGUUUUGAGAUUGACUUUUGAUUUUUGAGAUUUGAGUCUUGAGUAUUUUUUAUUCAUGGAGGGUUUACACCGUGUAGUCUUCUGGCAUGCAGUCUAUGGUUCUAGCCAUCUUGGGUUUGAAAGCUAGCGUUAAUGUGGCCUUCUGGACUUAUGGAAAGAAAAAAAGAAGAAAUCUCUAUUUGCUCUCUUGAUCUGGCUAUCA